GUUGAUUAACAAGUCAAUCUAAUUAGAAACCAGUUGUAGCAAUCAGAAACAAAUCUUUAACUGUUGAUUCUCAUUCUUAUUACAAUCAACUAACACCACGUUCAAGGUACAUUAAUAGUCUAAAUUGCUCAACAUGUAAAUCAUUAUUCAUUUCGUAUUCUCAUCUGUAUCUUGUUUUUUUAAACUCGAAUCAAUUUAAUUUCUUUCUCUCUUUGGAUAACAUUUUAAUUGUGUUUUCUUUUGAUUGUCAUCAUCAUCGAUUCACAAUGAGAUUGACAGUUAUUAAUUUCUCAUGUGCUUUUGUGCUUCCAUUGGUCAUCCAUUUGUUGGCCAGUUUUAAUUUUGUCCAAAGUGAAACAACAAUUAACUUUGAUUAUCACAAUUACGAUGAGAUGACAAUGAUUUUAAAUGAUAUUAACCGUAAUUAUCCACAAUUAACAUCACUCUAUUCCAUAGGAAAAUCUGUCCAGGGUCGUGAGCUUUGGGUCAUGUUAAUUAGUAAGGACAUUAAUGAAGAAAUCUUAAUGAAACCGAAUGUCAAAUACAUUGGAAACAUGCAUGGAAAUGAGGCUGUUGGACGUGAAAUGUUGAUCCAUUUAAUUUUAUAUCUAUUAACAAAUUAUGAAUCAGAUCGAUAUGUUAGAUAUUUAGUUGAUAAUACGAGAAUUCAUAUUAUGCCUUCGAUGAAUCCUGAUGGGUUCGAGAUGUCAAAGGAAGGUCAAUGUCACGGAGGAGUAGGAAGAGGAAAUGCUAAUGGACGUGAUCUUAAUCGUAACUUCCCCGACUAUUUUACCCCGAGCGAUACUCCCCCUGAGGCUGAAACUCGAGCUGUUCAAGAAUGGAUUCGUAAGACACCCUUCGUCUUAUCGGCUAAUCUACAUGGUGGUGCUUUGGUUGCAAGUUAUCCUUUCGAUAAUUUCCCACAAGGAAUUUUAGGUCCAUUGAAAUCAGCUCGAAAUUCACCAGCACCCGAUGAUGACGUUUUCUACCAUCUCGCCAAGAUAUACUCUUUCAACCAUCGAACUAUGUACCAGGGUAAGCCCUGCCCUGGGCCCGGUGGUACCGAUGGAUUUCCCAAUGGAACCACUAAUGGAGCUCAUUGGUAUCCACUCGCUGGUGGAAUGCAGGAUUACAAUUACAUUUGGGAAGGUUGCAUGGAGCUGACUCUGGAAUUGUCAUGCUGCAAGUAUCCUUAUCGUCACGAACUAUCCCAAUUCUGGAUGGACAAUAAACAAGCACUUUUAACUUAUUUGGGUGAAGCUCAUCGAGGAGUUCGAGGCUUAAUUACAGAUAUUAACGGUAAUCCGAUUCCACGAGCAUUAUUGAUGAUCAAAGGUCGAAACAUUUCAUUCAAAAGUUCUGAUAAAGGUGAAAUAUGGAGAAUCCUUUUACCUGGAACUUAUACCGUUGAGGUGAAAGCUGAAGGGUUCGAGUCAAUGAGUAAAACAUUUACCGUUAAUGAUGGAGAAAUAACUGAAAUCUAUUUACAAUUAACACCAAACGAAUUCAGAAAAGGAUUAGUUUCAUCAUUAAUGCCUUCAUCAUCCUCAUCUUUUGAUUCUCAUCCAUUGUCACAUCAUAACGACACUUUAUUUUUCCCUGAUCAACCAUUUCCAUACGUUGGAUCAUCUUCAAUGGUUCACAAGGAAACAAUUUAUUCAAAAUUCAAUCGAUGGGUCAACAAUUGGGGAUAGAAUUUAACAUUUUCAUACUUAAUUAGGACAAAAAUUUAUCUAAAUUACUUGUAUCUGUAUAUAUAAUAAUAAUAAUCUAUGUAAUUACUAGACAAACAAUUGAAAUCAAAUUGAAAUAAAAUAUUAAAGAUUAAACGAGA